UUCGUGAAGCAACCAGAACUUUCCAGCCGUUGGAUUGAGAAAAUUCCGCCGCACUUUCUUAUUUAUUUUUGCGCACAGAAGUCAACUAACAAGUGGCGACACCAGAGUCAGCAAAAUCGAUCUGUAUUAAACUAGUCACUACAACCACACGCGUGUUUAUCACGCUAUAUGCUUCGUCGCUGCCGCGUAGCUGAAACUAACCACACUGCUUUUACAACUAGCAAAGGCAAAACCAACGUGAGAGUAACUUUGCUUCCCGUGUUGCGUUGAUCUGCAGAACACGGCAAGAAUUGUUUGAUUCCUCUCUUAUAAGAACGCGUGUUUCAACACUUGCGUUUCCUGGAACACACAUCCCAUCUCUCCUCCUAUUUAUACACUUUCUCUCCUAAAGGUUUACUAAUUAAACUGUAAUUUCUUCUUUCGUUCUUGCCUCUCAUUUUCUUUUGAGGCCAACAUUGAAGUAAGCGCUAACACUUCCCAAGAAUCUCUCUCUCCAGUUAAUAUGAGCCACCGUAUAAAAGAUCAUCCACCAAGAGUGUUCUUCCGCUGUGGAAACCCAUUCAAGAAUCUAUUUCCCAAGACCAACAAUGCACGCAUAUCCCCAAAUCUUCUCUCACUGUUGAACAGUUUCGAGACAAGCUUGAUGUUAUCGAUUAGAGAACUUAUACCAAAGGACGAUGGGAAUGCUAUUCUCACUGUUUCUUGGAUGAAGGAAGCAAUGGCAUCUCUUUGUGAAACACACAAGAGUAUCAGGACACUCGUGACCGAUCUAGAGCUUCAUGUCUCGGACUUGGAAGAAAACUUUAUUUAUAUCUACUCUGACAUUAGCUCGAAGCUGCUUGAACUCUGCAACUCCUUCACCUCAGAGCUCGACCGUGUCAACCACGGAAACAUGUUACUCAAGUUUACUUUUAGUAAGCUGGAGACUAGCAGUUGUUCUGAGGAAAUUUCUUUGUUGCAUCUUGAGAGUUGGAGGCAGCACAUGGCUUCCAAGAACCCGAGGAUCGAAAACUGCGGCGCGAUUUUGAGUAGUCUUGUUGAAUCGUUGAAACAUCACCACCAUAGUCUCUCCAAGAAGAAACUAUCUGGAAAAGGAAAAGUCCUCCUACGAGCUCUAUACGGUGUCAAGGUCAAGACUUUGUACAUAACCACCGUGUUUGCUGCAGUGUUUUCUGGUUCUUCGAACAAUCUCUUGUAUCUAACCAUUCCAAAGGAGAUGGAGGAGGUUCCAUGGGCCCAAGGUUUCAUGGAACUGCAGAACAUGGUUAACCCGGAGAUCAAAAACGCAUUCUUAUCAGACAGGUUCACGGUUAUUAAAGAUUUAGAGGCAGUUGAAUUAGGUGUAAAGAAGCUUCACACAGCGGUCCAAGAAGGGUCGGACACUAAUGUAUUGGUGGAGGUAUUGAAGAAAUCAGUGAUGGAACUCUCGGAAAGGUUUGAUCUUGUCUCCAAGGAAACAGGUUGCUUGGUUAAGACAGUGAUCUCUUCUCGAGACGCAUUGGUGGAGAGGCUGUGGACCAAAUAUGAAGACGAGUUAGGAGUUAAAUUGCCCAUGAUGAUAAGUGUUAAGAGACUUGUUUGUGAAUAGUGUGAGUGUUUUGUUUCAUGUUCAGUAACAAUAACAAUGUAAUUAAAUAAAAUGAACAAUAAUAGCAAAAUUUAUAAUCAGAGCAAGUGUGUACAAAAGAUCAU